ACCCCCGGUGCCCUCCCGACCUCCCUUCCGGCCCCGCGGUAGCGCGCCGGCGCCUCGGGGCCGCUAGUUCCGCGCGUCCCUGCAUGGAGGGAGGCGCGCCCGGACGCGUCCCCGGCCCGGCAGUGACCUCCCCGGCCCCGCGGCAGCUGUCAGAUUGAAGUGCGUGAACUCAGAUAUAACUCAAGCUUGUUAGAGGACUUUUAAAAAAUAGGCUUAUUCGGUGUAUGAAAGCAAGUUACUGCUGCUUACCACCGUCCAGAGACUUACAGGUGCUUGCCUGCAUUGCAAUAAAGGACUCAUCUAUUGAGCAAGACUUCUAUUUAUCUCUUCGUUUUGGAGAGCCUAAUAAACUGUUAUUACAGUUUCUCUACUGACUUUCAAAGUUUUGAAGUUUGAAAGAGACACCUUUGCAAUUACACAGCAUGAGCACGGCCAGAACAGAGAACCCUGUUAUAAUGGGUCUGUCCAGUCAAAAUGGUCAGCUGAGAGGCCCUGUGAAACCCAGUGGUGGCCCUGGAGGAGGGGGUACACCCACACAGCAACAGAUGAACCCGUUGAAAAAUACCAACACAAUCAAUAAUGGCACUCAACAGCAAGCACAGAGCAUGACCACCACUAUUAAACCUGGUGAUGACUGGAAAAAGACUUUAAAACUCCCUCCAAAGGAUCUAAGAAUCAAAACUUCGGAUGUGACAUCCACAAAAGGAAAUGAGUUUGAAGAUUACUGUUUAAAACGGGAGUUACUGAUGGGGAUUUUUGAAAUGGGCUGGGAAAAGCCAUCUCCAAUUCAGGAGGAGAGCAUUCCCAUUGCUUUAUCUGGUAGGGAUAUCCUAGCUAGAGCAAAAAAUGGAACAGGCAAGAGCGGUGCCUACCUCAUUCCCUUACUUGAACGGCUAGACCUGAAGAAGGACAAUAUACAAGCAAUGGUGAUUGUUCCCACUAGAGAACUUGCUCUACAGGUCAGUCAAAUUUGCAUCCAGGUCAGCAAACACAUGGGAGGGGCUAAAGUGAUGGCAACCACAGGAGGAACCAAUUUACGAGAUGAUAUAAUGAGGCUUGAUGAUACAGUGCAUGUGGUGAUUGCUACCCCUGGCAGAAUUCUGGAUCUUAUCAAGAAGGGAGUAGCGAAGGUCGAUCAUGUCCAGAUGAUAGUAUUGGAUGAGGCAGAUAAAUUGCUGUCACAAGAUUUUGUGCAGAUAAUGGAGGAUAUUAUUCUCACGCUACCUAAAAACAGGCAGAUUUUACUCUAUUCCGCUACUUUCCCUCUUAGUGUACAAAAGUUUAUGAAUUCCCAUUUGCAGAAACCCUAUGAGAUUAACCUGAUGGAGGAACUGACUCUGAAGGGAGUAACCCAGUACUAUGCUUAUGUAACUGAGCGCCAGAAAGUACACUGCCUCAACACACUUUUCUCCAGGCUUCAGAUAAACCAGUCAAUCAUUUUCUGCAACUCCUCUCAGCGAGUUGAAUUGUUAGCCAAGAAGAUUUCUCAGCUGGGUUAUUCUUGCUUCUAUAUCCAUGCUAAAAUGAGGCAGGAACAUCGAAAUCGUGUAUUUCAUGAUUUCCGAAAUGGCUUAUGCCGCAAUCUUGUUUGCACUGAUCUGUUUACCCGAGGUAUUGAUAUACAAGCUGUGAAUGUGGUAAUAAACUUCGACUUCCCAAAGUUGGCAGAGACCUAUCUUCAUCGUAUUGGAAGAUCAGGUCGCUUUGGUCAUCUUGGCUUAGCCAUCAACUUGAUCACAUAUGAUGAUCGCUUCAACCUGAAAAGUAUUGAGGAGCAGCUGGGAACCGAAAUUAAACCCAUCCCAAGCAACAUCGACAAGAGCCUGUAUGUGGCAGAAUACCACAGCGAGCCUGUAGAAGAUGAGAAACCUUAACAAGCAUGCAUUGACAACAGAAGGCUCCUUUGGAUCUGCGACUUAAUGCUUUUUGGGUGGGAUGCUCUUCUCUUGUGGGUUUUUCAUCUUUUAUUUUGGAACUAUGAAGACUUAAACAGACGUUUUUCUUUUUGUUUUAACUGGUGAAGAGAAAGAAACGGAAAAGAAGAACUCUACCUUUUUGUUCCACUUGUUUGCACUGUGCCGACUGAACAUUAGUUGCACUAACUGCUGGUUUUUAAAAAAUGUUUCCUGGGGAACGGGGACAAGAAAGGAGGAAAGAAGAGAAAGGGAGAAACCCUAAAAAGAGAAGAAUGUUGAUGAACACACAAGCUUGUCUGCAUCUUCAGAAUUCUCCAACAGCUGUCUCUCGAGUGCAUUUCAACUUCUCCCUGAUUAGUCAUCCGUUUUUAAGCCUGAAGAGCUUAUUACUUAUUUGUGCGAAGUGCCUUAUGCUAUGAGACCAUUCAGAAUAUCAUCCUUUAGACACAGCCCAAGGAAUCAACAAAGUAAUUUCUUUUCUCUUUAAAAUUUUGUCUGUUCAUUUGGUUUCAAGUUAUAAAGUGUCUCUCUUCCUGUUCUACUCAAGCCCAGGGCUGGAAGAUGAAUCUUACUAGUAACGUUAACACCACUUUCUUUUUCUCUAUGUGGAGGAGUUGAUAUGCAACUGCAGUUCAUCCGCACUGUAAAUACAUGUAUUUAAAAAAAAAAUCAAUCCCAAGUAAAGAUUUCUUCUGGGCUGAGUAGAUACAACAUCAUUGCUCCCAAAGGAAAGAGCAGUCUAUCAUUGCAGGAGCCAUAUGACAGGCCUUUGUGCUCUAUAGCAGAACACUAAAGACUGGUUUACAUACGUCUCCAUUAGCAGUAUGGCACUUGAUGUGUAGACAUGUCAGAGCCUUGACCCUCUUUCCUCUGUGGCAAAGCGUGUCCCAUAGAAAAUUGGGUGUGUAUACUUGUAUAAACUUUGUAAAUAAGUUUUUUUCUGGGUUCAUAUAUAUAUAUAUAUACAUAUAUAUAUAUUAUUUUUUUUUUGGAUGAAGGUUGCUGGGAUUAAGGGGAUUAGAGUGAUUAUGGGAGCAGCUAAAGAUGAGAGGGGCUCAGUUUCCUGCAACACUAAGUUCUAAAAAGUACUUUGGCCUCUUGCUGUAGAGAGCAGGCAUCUGUUGUGAGGGCCCAGAUGUCCGGGGUGCCCUGUUUGCUUGCUGUCCCAGUACAUUUAAAAUAAGUCUUAACCAGAAAGCAAGGAAGCUUCAAAUAACUAUGAUUCGAGAUUGUUCUUUACGAAGGUCUCUGAUUUGGCUUCUCCUUUUCUAAGAGAAGAACUUUACAAACUCUGCCAAAGGAUAAUCUUGGAGUGCGGGGAUUCUGUUGAGUGGCAGUGUCUGAACAGAGUGUACUGGAAGGGAUGGGUUCAAGUUUGAGCUUACUAGCCAGAGUUGGCUUUGGUAAGGAUAGCAGAUUGGGGCUUAGUUUUCUGUGGCUCAUCUGUAGUGUAUACAUGUGUUGCCCUCUGCCCAUCUUUAUAGAAAAACUUUGGCAGGAAUGGGCAAUCCCUAAGAGCUGGUAACUCAUACUACAGAAAACUGCUUGCAUCCUCUUGCAUUUUGACAAGAACUGUUGCCUGUCAUUUUGCAUUGUAAAUUGCUGGCAGAUAUUUUACAGUCAAUAGUGUUGCUUUAAAUUGUGCCCCUCCCAACAUGCUUGAUGUUUGGCCUGAUCUCCAGGCAAAAGGAGUGAGAUGAAUCAAAACCAGUGAACUUUUUUUAAAAAAAAAUGUUUUUAAUUCCCUUUUAACCCAGUGUACUAGGUCAAUCAGGAGGCAUCUAGAGAACAAAAAAAGAAAAAGCAAAAAAUAAAUUUAAAAGGUUGAUUUCUAUAUUCCCAUUGUAUUCAGAACCUUACUAGAAGAAAAUUCCUGCAUAUGCUUUGUGCUUAACUCAUCUGGAUAAAGAAAUCAGUUAUUCAAAGUUGCUUUUUUGACUCUGCCUAGUUGUAAGCAAAACUUUGUGACUUGCCCAAAAUUCCUUGAGGAUCAAAAUCCUGCAGAUGCCUCCUGAUCAGACAUAGCCCUAACUCCUUAACUGUAGCCAGAGCUGCACAGUGCACAUCCCCAAAAGAGCAAGUUCCUUUAUCUGGAAUCCCAAGUCAUAGAUGCUCUAUCAGGUCAGCGUUGGUUACUAAAUGCAAACCUAAUUGAAGAAAAGGACCUUUUCGGGGCGGGAGGAGGGGGGGUUGUCAACUUUUGGCCAACAAUCUUACCUUGUACUGAUGCAGCUCUCUUGUGCCCCCCCCCCUCCCUGGCGAGAUAGGAGAGAGAUCGUUUAUGUAGAACACAAAGUAUAAAUCCAUUUUGUAUCUCGCCUGGGAAUGAGGGGAGACUAAACAAAAAGUGCAGUCAUCUUUGCCAACCUUAGACUGCUCUGCCUGGUGCCACAGUGCUGUGGUCCCUCUUAAAGCACAGACUUGAAAGUAUUACUGAAGUGUAGCCUCUGAGGAGGAGAGGCUCAUCACUCAACUAUCUGGGAUACCGUGGUUGGUUGGAGGCAAGCUGCCCAGUUUGGUACUUGAGUCGGAUAGGAACCGCUACGUGGAAAGAUGCUCUGAAGACCGGGACCAAGCCUGGUCUUUUUUUUUUUUUUUUUUUUUUAAUCCCUUACAAUAAGGAACAUUAUUAUUAUUGGAAAUCGUCCUCAGAUUCUUUACAGCAUUGGGUUUUUGUUUUUUCUUUUAAGUGAUGGUUAUAUAUGUUUCCAGUGGUUGAUUUGGAUGGAACUGCGUUCUGUUUUUAAAAGCUAGAUCCAAUCCAGAGUUUCGCCUCUGCCAUGCAGCUGUUAGAUACCUGCUGCCUCUAGAGGCCUGUUUUUUUUCUCUCCCCUAAGUUCUAAAGGUGAAAGCUUCACUGCCUUUCUCUUAGGAGGGGGAUAAGUUCAUGUUAAUGUGAUCUUUCAUGAAAGGAAAUAUGGGAACGGAAAACCUAAGCUUAUUUUUUCCAGUAGGCUCCAGCAUCAUAACAUUGGGUUGACCCAAGGGUUGGGGAGGGGUGGGUGGGUGGCCAUCAUACUUGUUUUUAUAAAGAAUGAGAUGGGAGCAUCUUUCCUCUGCCACUGGCUUUGUGCUUGAUACCAUUAUGUUGGGUUAGAACAAGACAGCUUGGCACAAAGCUUUGGGCACAAAUUACUGAAACCAAAACAUCUCAUUCUGAAUACUUGGUUUGAUUUUCUUUUUUUUUUUUUUUUCAAUAGGGGUGGGAGGGAGGAUACUACAACCCAAAAGGGAGGGUGUCUGCACUAAGGAUUUAGAAACACUUUGGAAGCUCAUAACCUCAUCAGAAACUGCCUUUAGCCACACUCCGACCUUCUAGAUGAGUAACAGAAAGAUUAAAUGAGUUAUUGGGAAUUAAGCCAUGUUAUUUUAAUUUGCUACAUUUUUCACCUUUUCAUGGAUCUUUAAAAUUUUUAUCGUGGAAUCAUUUUUCUUGCCAAAAUACAUUGAUAAGCAAAAUUACUGGCCUCAUGGGAGCUGAAGUAAAUCAGCUUUUUGGUGAACUUACGUGGACUUUGGUGAGUUUAUAGUUCUGCUUUAUAUUCAUAAAGAAAUUUUAAAACUCCCAGAGAAAAUCAACUCUCUGAUGUAGAAACUCAUCUUGGGAGUAAAGAGUUAAGUGUCCAAAGGUUGUAACAGUUUAUGAGGUCGAGGGAGCUAGCCUGGCGCCCGGACUCUGCCCUCCACAGCUGACAGAUUCCAACAGAAGUGUAUUUAAAUUCUCCAGUAGACAAUGCAGGGCAGGGCAGGGGUGGGGGUAGAGCCAGGCAAUUGAGAUACAGUCUGCUGUAUUUUAACCAGUGGUUGUUGGGGAGGGGUGCGUGGAUAAAACAAAAUUACUUCCCUUUUUUGGAAUAAACUUGAAAAAUGUAAUUUGUUCAGCAAAAAUGGGAGAAAAUUCUAAUGUCCCUAGCCACAAGGGACCAGUUCCACUGGGGAGGGAGCAGUGGGAACUCAAAAUUUUGAAACCAUUUUGGGGAAAGGGAAAAUUGGCUUUGUGUUAAUUGGUAGAUGUUCCAGUGGGCUCUGUUUUCGUUGGGAUGUGUUAUGUUUUAUGUACACGUAUAUGGACCAGAGUCGAUAAGGUUAAAAAAAGAUGGUUGGUAAAAUCUUGAUUUCUUUUUUCAAUCUCAAUAAAAGCCCACUGGAACUCCA